AUGACUCUAACCGCUGUGAGCUAUGAGCGCUUUGUGGCUGUUCGUCUACGUGUCAGGUACAACGCGAUGUUUUCUACGAGACGGGCUCUAAAAUAUGCUUUGGGGAUAUGGACGGUCAAUAUAUUCUUGACUGCUCUGGAAUGGGCUAAAAUAGAUAAAGUCAUGAGAGGUAUUCAUCUAACUCUUUGGUAUCUUUGCCUUCUCGUCUCAACUGUGACCCAAAUUGGCGUUUUUGUGGCCAUACGAAGACACAAUCGACGAGUUAAUAACCAACUUCAAGUGGAUGAAAAGCUACAGAUACAAAGAGAAGUGAAGCUGGCGAAAAAGAUAUUGACUAUGGUUGUAAUUUACUUUAUUUUGAACUUUCCCGUUCUAUUUGUGACAUUUUAUCAUCAGAUAUUAGGGCAAAACAUUCAAACAUACAACCACUACAGCUGGACAGAGACGCUGGCUUUUCUAAACUCCUGCUCAAAUCCAAUUAUAUGUUAUUGGAAAAAGAGAGAGAUUUUUCGAAGAGUCAAAUAUCUCCUGAAGAAAUUAAUUUGCUAA